CGCUCUCGCACACAAACACACACACACUUUCGUGGUUUUCCAAGUGACGAAACUUUCCUGACCUGAUUUAUUAGUGUGUGUGUAAGAAUAAAACGAAGGCCAUUUUGUAGUUCACCAGGAAUGAAAAGCCUCCUGUACGUUAAAACACUGCAACGCGUCGCCGAAACCAAGUAACCUGGAGACGCCUGACUUUCCUCACACAUUAAAUCAGUUCCUAAUCCGGUCCGGGGAGUUGUUUGAGGAAGUCAUGGCGGUGUUGGAGCAGACGGACGUGGCUGUGUAUGAGCAGGUUGUAGUGUUGUUGUCGUGUGCUCUCUCGGCGUUGGGCUCUGUGCUGGUUGUGAGCACGUACGCGAAGUGGCCCGACCUGCGAACCACACCGAGGCAGCUUUUAGUCUUCCUCUCUGUAGCUGAUUUCCUCUCCGCCGUCUCCUAUUCUUAUGGAGUUUAUAAGGUUUUUAACGCGAACACUUGGGACUGCGUCACUCAAGGAGCUAUAUCCACUUUCUCCAACACGAGCUCCUUCUUCUGGACCGUGGCCAUUGCUGUGUACCUGUACAUCUUCAUCGUGCAGUCCAGUCAGAGACAAGCCGACAGUUUGGUCUUGUAUUUUCAUCUCAUCAGUUGGGGUGUUCCCCUGGCCAUCACAGUAGCAGCUGUGUCCAUGCAGAAGAUUGGCUAUGAUGCGUCCGAGGUGUCCGUCGGAUGGUGCUGGAUCAGCAUUGAGGAAGACGAUCACGUGCUGUGGAUGCUACUAACUGGAAAGAUAUGGGAACUUCUUGCUUAUGUGAUACUGCCUUUGCUUUACAUCCUCAUUAAGAGGCACAUCCACAAAGCGCAUGCUGCCCUCUCAGAGUACCGACCCAUCUUGGCCUGUAACCGACUUUCCCACUCAAUUCCUGCAAUGGCAGACAGAAAGCUCACCCUCAUCCCCAUCAUCUUCAUCGCACUGCGCAUAUGGAGCACUGUCCGCUUCGUGCUACUGCUCUCUCGCUCUCCUGCCGGACAGAACCCUGUGCUGGUCACCUUACACGGAAUCGGGAACACAUUUCAAGGAGCCGCAAACUGCAUCAUGUUCGUUCUGUGCACUCGGCCAGUGCGCGCAAGACUAGUGGCUUGGCUGUGCUGUCGAAGCCAUGACGCACUGAGCAACUCAGACAUGCAAUCCCAGUUCACAGCUCGCACACGCUCAAUUUCUCACACGGACGGGCGCAGUGUGUCCCACACGGAGGUGGACGAAAGCGGGGAUGAGGAGUAGUAAGUGUUAAAGUGAAAACCCUGUGGCUUGUUGACCUUCAGCACCUUAGCUGGAGCACCACGCUCAAUCGAGCAGGUCUGCAGCUUCUAGAAAGGUGUCCUUUUGCGGAAAAGUCAAUAAACUAAAGUGAAGUCCGCCAUGCUUUCUACACGGAGGAGUGUGUGUGUGUGUGUGUGUGUGUGUGUGUGUGUGUGUGUGUGUGUGUGUGGACUGCCUACGAGGAUUAAAGAAGACUACAGUCACAUGCUGCAGUCCAUAGAGUCCAAGUGUGCUUUAUAUUCACAAUGUAGCAGUGCCGUUUUGUAUGCUGGCACUUUUUUUUUUUUUCUUCCCCACUUAAUCUUCAGCUCAGGGAUGUGAGGGGUUAGAGGUCAUUUAUAAUUUAGUGACCAAAACACUGAACAUACUGUGAACACACUUUUCAAAUACCUCAGCCAAUUUACCUGACUAAACACAUCUCCCAGAACAGAGUGCCUUGAAAUGGACUAACAUUGUGUUUGAAACAAAGUUGGAUAUGUAGCUUGUCUUUUUUUUAUUUAACUGUAACCAGACUGUUUUCUAUUAAACGUAAUGGUGAAAUCUACAGGAUAUCUGGAAAAACAUUACUGCUCCAGAUCAUUCAUCUUUAUAGUCAAAUGUGUUAUUUGAAUAGGAUUCAGUCAAAAAGGGGAAUUUGUGGCUUUUGCAUAGUACACUUUAUUGAUUUGCAAAUAUUGUUUUUUAUGAAUUUGUUAUGGUUUGUUCUUGUUUUUAGUUUUGUUUAGUAAAAUUACACUGACCAAGAGUCAUUUGAACAUA